UGCGGGCUCCCCGUGGCCUUUGGAGGCUCGGUGAGUCGGCUCCAAAUGUUUUCCAUAUUUGUUCAGCCUCCAUAAUUCGAAUACCAGGGCAGGCCGAGCCAGCCGUGCGCCGCGCUCCAGGGCCCAGGGCGCCGCACACGCACCCACCCACCCAGCCUCGCAGCGCCAUGGGCAAGAACAAGCAGCCCCGCGGCCAGCAGAGGCAGGGGGGGCCGCCGGCCGCGGACGCCGCUGGGCCCGACGACAUGGAGCCGAAGAAGGGCACGGGGGCCCCCAAGGAGUGCGGGGAGGAGGAGCCCCGGACCUGCUGCGGCUGCCGGUUCCCGCUGCUGCUCGCCCUGCUGCAGCUGGCCCUGGGCAUCGCCGUGACCGUGGUGGGCUUCCUCAUGGCGAGCAUCAGCUCCUCCCUGCUAGUCAGGGACACUCCAUUUUGGGCUGGGAUCAUUGUCUGCUUAGUGGCCUAUCUUGGCUUGUUUAUGCUUUGUGUCUCAUAUCAGGUUGACGAACGGACAUGUAUUCAGUUUUCUAUGAAACUGUUAUACUUUCUGCUGAGUGCCCUGGGCCUGACAGUCUGUGUGCUGGCCGUGGCCUUUGCUGCCCACCACUAUUCGCAGCUCACACAGUUUACCUGUGAGACCACACUCGACUCUUGCCAGUGCAAACUGCCCUCCUCGGAGCCGCUCAGCAGGACCUUUGUUUACCGGGAUGUGACGGACUGUACCAGCGUCACUGGCACUUUCAAACUGUUCUUACUCAUCCAGAUGAUUCUUAAUUUGGUCUGCGGCCUUGUGUGCUUGUUGGCCUGCUUUGUGAUGUGGAAACAUAGGUACCAGGUCUUCUAUGUGGGUGUCAGGAUGCGCUCCCUCACGGCUUCCGAGGGUCCCCAGCAAAAGAUCUGACAUUCUUGCUCAAAGCUGCGAGAGAAAAAUAGCACAUGGAGUAGCCAAGGUUAAACAAAAACAAAUUUUUAAACAAAGAAAGGAAAAAACAUUGACAACAAAUAAUAGUCACUCUUCUAAAUGAAUAUUUUUAUAUUUUUAUAAAAUAGCAUUUCUUCAGGUUUCUAUUGUAUUUUUCUUUAACAUUCUUCAAGAGAAAGCAAAAUCCAAACUGAUUUUGGAAUAUUAAAAGUUAACAGAACACUGAACAAGGAAAGAAUGGCAUAGCUCUAUCUUUACAGUCUGGCGUUAAUUCAUAUUACUCAUUUUAUCCAUUACUUACAUAAUCUUCUUUCCUGUUAGUCCAGUUUGAUGGUGUGAAUGGUGAAUUUCAGGCCCAGUUGCUAAAUUUUGUGGCAUCUUCCUCUGGUCCUUCCCACCUCUAGUCAUCAGCGCCACACUGUCUUGGAGACAGGCAGGAGGUGGGGGAAGAGCUGAGUCUCUUUAUUUUCCCUGGUAGAGACGUCUUCAAGGCAUGAAAUAGCUUAAAGAGCAGAAUAGAAACAGAAGAGGCUUUGCAAAAGGCUAGAUAAUUAUAAACACCUGGGUUGGGGCGGCGGCCCUUCUCUUCAGCUCCCUUAGCUUGGCUCUGUAAGUAGAUCACUUGCUAAAUGCUUUAGAUGAUUGCCUCUCAAUAAUUGAAAGGUGGUGGUAGUUGUAUUCUUAAUGAUGUAGAAGGUUUAAAAAUAAUUACAUUAUGCUUCUAUUCUAUCAUCUAAAACAAAUCAUUAAAACUAAUUUCUAGCUAAUUGUUAAUUAUAAUUAUGCUCAGAAGUCUAUUUAAUGAGCUCUGGCUGUACUUACGCUACACUGUCGGUGUUAAGAGAAAUUACUCUCACAAGAGCAGAGGGCUGAAGAUUCUCUCUUCUGAAAGCCAAGCACCACAAGGAAAAAAAAAAAUGUGAUUAAUAGCUCGGGUUAAAAACACUCAUUUAAACAAAAACAAGAGCAUUCGUAAUGGGAAGUGUUUAUACAAAUAGCACAUUUGUGAUAUGUUGAAAAGUAUCUCUCUUGGCAACCAACCUAUGUCUGAGGAAGAUUGGGUAAUGCUGUGUUCCAUUCAUGAAACUGUAUUUGAUACAUAAUCCUAUUAUUAAUUCGUAUGCUUAGUCAACCUACAAAAUCAAAAUAAUAUUCUGAAGUUCUUAUUUGAGCAAUAUGGCCUUGAAUUGGAGGGUAGUUUUAGUUGUUUUGUUGUUAAGUGACUGUGGUUUAAAUUACAAAUGCCCCAAGGUGGGGAGACUUCCCUCUGUGACUAUUGUUAUUUUUAAAUUCUGAACUAUCCAUAUUUUAAGGAAAGACCUAAAAAUGGAAAUUCAUGAAACGUAAAUAGUAUCAAGAACUUUCUUUAUCAGUAUGCUUUGUUGAAAGCAGAAAUUAAGAUAAUAAUUGAGUUCAAUUCGCCUCUCUGCAUUGCUAUUGAUAUACUUUACUAAUCAAGAAAUUCUAACCUAAAAGGAAAACAUUUUCUUGUUUGUUUUAGAAGAAAGUGGAAUAAUUCCAUGGAUUGUGAUAACGAUGUCCAUUUCUACACAAUAUAAAUAUCCAGUAUAAAGGAAAGCGUUAAGUCAGUAAGCUAGAGGAUUGUAAAUAUCUUUUAUGUCCUCUAGAUAAAACACCCGAUUAACAGAUGUUAAACCUUUGAAUGUUUUGAUUUGCUUUAAAAAUGGCCUUCCUACACAUUAGCUCCAGCCAAAAAGACACAUUGGAGAGCUUAGUGGACAAGUCUCCGGAGCAGAACUGAUCACACACAAAAGUUACACCAACAGAAUACCAAGAAGAAUGAUGAGGACCUGUAAAAUACCUUGUGUCCUGUUUAAAAAAAAAAAAAAGCCAGUAACUGAAUCCGUUUUGAUUUUUGAUAGAGUUUCCUACACAAAGAAGAAAAUAACUGAGAAUCUUUGAAGAGUAAGAAAGUAGCACUUUAAUGCUAGUAACCGUGAAUUAGGCACCACGGAAAGCGCAUCCUGAAUUUCUUUAGGAACAACAUUUUAUAGUGAACACUGCAAGUUUUUAUAUUUAAAAAUUAAGACUCUGUAUAUCCUUAAGGUGCUCUAGGCUUUACCAGUGAUUCACAGGGUAUUUCAAAUGGUAGAAUCAUUUUAGCUUCUGUGCUUCCUUUUUCUAAAUAAUGCAACCUGUAAGAGCUGACAUUGUAAUAAGCGCUAUAAUAGUAUAACCAUAUAAUAGUAUAUGUAUAC